UCUCCACAGGACUCUUCCUUGCUGGUCAGAAAUGCAUCCGUCUUCUGUGGCCAGGGCCACGAAGAGAGCAUGUGUGAAGCCAUGGGUUAUUGGCCUCAUCACCUUUUUAUCCCUGAUUGUUCUGGCAGUGUGCAUUGGACUCAUUGUUCAUUAUGUGAGAUACAAUCAAAGGAAGACCUACAAUUACUAUACUACAUUGUCAUUUACAACGGACAAACUAUAUAAUGAUUUUGAAAGAGAGGCUUCUAAAAAUUUCACAGAAAUGAGCCAGAGAAUUGAAUCAAUGGUGAAAAAUGCAUUUUAUAAAUCUUCAUUGAGGGGAGAAUUCGUCAUGUCUCACAUUAUCAGAUUCAGUAAAGAGGAAAAUGGAGUGUUGGCUCACAUGCUGCUGAUUUUUAUAUUUCGCUCUACUGAGGAUCCUGAAACCAUAAAUAAAAUUAUUCAACGUGUUCUACAUGAAAAACUGUAUGAUGCUGUAGGGCCCCCUAAAUUAGAUCCUGAAUCAGUUGAAAUAAAAAAAAUCAACAAGACAGAAACGGACAACUUUCUAAACAAUUGUUGUGGGACUCGGAAGAAUAAAAGUACAAAACAGAGUCUCAGGAUUGUUGGUGGGACACAGGUAGAAGAGGGUGAAUGGCCAUGGCAAGCUAGCCUGCGACUGGAUGGGAUCCAUCGCUGUGGAGCAACUUUAAUUAAUGGUUCAUGGCUUGUGAGUGCCGCUCACUGCUUUAGAAUGUAUAAGGACCCAACCAGAUGGACUGCCUCCUUUGGAGUAACACUAUUUCCUUCUAAAAUGAAACAAGGCAUCCGGAGGGUAAUCGUGCAUGAAAAAUACAAAUAUCCAUCACACGACUAUGACAUUUCAGUUGCAGAGCUUUCCAGCCCUGUUCCCUACACGAAUUCGGUACAUAGAGUUUGUCUCCCUGAUGCAUCCUAUGAGUUCCACCCAGGUGAUGAGAUGUUUGUGACCGGAUUUGGAGCACUACAAAAUGAUGGUAGCAGUCAAAAUCAUCUACGGCAAGUGCAGGUGAACCUCAUAGACACUAAAACCUGCAAUAAACCUGAAGCUUACAAUAAUACUAUAACUCCUAGAAUGUUAUGUGCUGGCUCCUUGGAAGGAAAAAGAGAUGCAUGCCAGGGUGACUCUGGAGGACCACUGGUUAGUGCAGAUGCUAGAGAUAUCUGGUACCUUGCUGGAAUAGUGAGCUGGGGAGAUGAAUGCGGGCAACCCAAUAAGCCUGGUGUUUAUACUAGAGUGACUGCCGUCCGGGACUGGAUUGCUUCCCAAACUGGUAUCUAAAGGAGAAAAACUCAGUAGAAUGGAAUGCAUUUUUGUUUGUAGGCCAUUUUCAGAGAUAUGGAAUUGCAGAAGAAGCUUUGAAGGUCACCUCAAUCUGACUGAAAAAUGAAACUGUCUGCUUGAUGCAUAAUUUCCUUCUAGCUCUCCUCCACAUGUGAGCAUCCUGCUUCUUCCAGAUGGAUCCUGUCUCAACUUGUAUUCAUUUAUUUUCUACAAGUUUUCUGUCCAUUAUGCUUUGUUGACAUAAAAUUUCUCAUG